AUGGGCACGGAGCGGGGCAGGCUGGGCAGCCUGACCGUGUUCAGCAAGGAGGAUUUCGAGGAUGAGUGGCUGCGAGUGGCCAGCGGGGGCUUUGGCCACGUGUACCAGGUGAAGCACAGGAGGUGGAGGACGGUCUAUGCUGUGAAGUGCUCCCCGUACCUGCUGCAGGACUCCAGCAUGGACAGGACCAGCAUGAACUGUCUAAUGGAGGAGGCCAGCAAGAUGGAGAAAAUCAAAUUCCAGCACAUUGUCACCAUCUACGGGGUGUGCAACAGCCCCCUGGGGAUAGUGAUGGAAUACAUGGCCAGGGGCUCCUUGGAGAGAAUCCUCCCCACCCACAGAAUGUCCUGGCAGCUGAAAUUCAGGGUGAUCCAUGAGAUGGGCUUGGCCAUGAAUUUCCUGCACAGCAUGAGCCCUCCCCUGCUGCACCUGGAUCUGAAGCCAGGGAAUGUCCUCCUGGAUGGGAACAUGCACGUCAAGAUCUCCGACUUUGGGCUGUCCAAGUGGAUGGAGCAGUCCAGCAGGAUGCAGUACAUCGAGAGCUCAGCUCUGAGGGGCACCCUGAGCUACAUCCCCCCCGAAAUGUUCCUGCAGAACAGCAAGCCCCCGGGGAUCAAGUAUGAUGUGUACAGCUUUGGCAUUGUCAUCUGGGAGGUGCUCAUGCAGAAAAAGCCUUACACAGGAGCCAACAUGAUGGCCAUCAUCGUGAAGGUGGCGGCGGGGAAGAGGCCGGGGCUGGAGCUCGUCAGGGACGACUGGCCCGGGGAGUGCCACCAGAUGGUGGACCUGAUGAAGAGGUGCUGGGACCAGGACCCCAAGCAAAGGCCCAGCUUUGCAGAUAUCCCUGUGGAGACCGACGUGCUGCUGGCUCUGAUCCAGAGCCUGGUGCAGGACCCGGAGAACGAGCGCCUGGUCAGGAAGAUGUCCCACAAACCGGCCAUCUCCAGGAGCCAGCAGGGUGACAAAGAGGAGUUCACCUUCCCUCGAGACACCAGGAGUGGGGGAAAGGACCCGCAGGAGGUUCCUGUCCCACCUCCACAUGUGGAGGCUGGCACCCCAGAGGAGCUGUGCCCCGAGGAGCUGGGCAGGGUGCAGGAGAACGGCCUGACCCCGCUGCACCUGCAGGUGCUGCAGGGCCACGCGGCCAAGGUGCGCUCGCUGCUGGGCCGCGGGGCCGGCGCCAAUGUCACGGCGGGCGGCGGCUGCACCCCGCUGCUGCUGGCCGUGCAGCGCCGGCUCCCCGACAUCUGCGCCCUCCUCAUCGAGCACGGUGCCGACGUGGACGCGGCCGACGAGGACGGCUGGGGCCCGCUGCACUUCGCGGCCCAGCACGGCGACGACCGCACGGCGCGGCUGCUGCUGGACCACCGGGCCCGCGCCGACGCCCAGGAGCGCGACGGGUGGACCCCGCUGCACCUGGCGGCCCAGAACAACUUCGAGAACGUGGCGCGGGUGCUGCUGUCCCGCCAGGCCGACCCCAACGCGCAGGAGGUGGACGGCAAGACCGCCCUGCACGUGGCCGCGGGCUUCGGGCACGUGGGCCUGGUCAAGCUGCUGGCCAGCCAGGGGGCCGACCUGGAGAGGAAGCAGAAGAACCUCAGGACGCCGCUGCACGUGGCCGUGGAGAGGGGCAAGUUCAGGGUGGUGCAGUACCUGCUGAAGAACGGCAUCUCCGUCAACAGCCUGGACCAGAACCACUACAGCGCCCUGCACCUGGCUGUGGCCAGGGGCAAGUACCUGAUCUGCGAGAAACUCAUCAAGUAUGGGGCCAACGUGGAGCUGAGGACGGACAAAGGCUGGACCCCCCUGCACCUGGCCUCCUUCAAGGGGCACAUCGAGAUCAUCCGGCUGCUGAAGGGCAGCCGCGCCCGGCUGGACGCCAAGGGCGGCAUGGACUGGACGCCGCUGCACCUGGCCACGCGCUACGGGGACGAGCCCGUGGUCAGCGAGCUGCUGCGCUGCGGGGCCGACCCCAACACGGCCGAGCGGUCCCGCUGGGCCCCCCUGCACUUCGCCGUGCUCAGGGGCUCCUUCCUCAGCGUCAUCAACCUCCUGGAGUGCCGGGCCGACGUCAACGCCAGGAACAAGGUGGGCCGGACCCCGCUGCACCUGGCCGUGCUCAAGGGCAACCUGGCCAUUGUGAAGACCCUGCUGAAGGCGGGGGCCCUGCUGGACGUGGAGGACAUCACGGGGUGCACGGCCCUGCAGCUGGCCGUGAGGCACCAGAGGGAGAACAUCAUCACCCUGCUGCAGGGCAAGGAGGCCUCGGGCAGCAAAGCUGGCAACAGGACUCUGAACGAAGUGAAGGUGCCCAGGCUCAUCCCAGGAAGGACAGAUCUGUAAAUUCACCAGCUCCAAAAUCUGGAGCUUGAGCUUUCCCAAGCUUUCACGUUUAAUGCCUCAAAGCACCUUGUCCUGUCCCCUGCUGAUUGCAGGAAAAUAUUUGCCCUUUUUAAAUUGACGUUUUUAAGUGUGAACACUCAGAGAGUAAAAGAAAAUGAAGUUAUUUGAUGACAAGGUCUUUUCCAAGCUUGUAGAGCGUUUUGCCUUGGUUAUACUCUAGGCAGUGCUUUCCUACUGAAUCCUUCCUGAGCAGGGAUUUAUGCACCCCCUGUUCAUGCAGGCAGUGCUGAAGCUGUGCACAGCACACACAGCUUUUAUUGCUUUCAUUCCAUGUUUUCCUACAGAGAAAAUUGGUGUAAAAUGGCCCUGGCACAGGUGGGAAUUGAAUCGUGAGAUUCUCACCUGCUGCUGGCACAGCAAUGUGUCAGAUUUCCUGACAUCUCCUUUCUGUAACAAGAAUGAAAUACAACAAGGCAGGGAGGAAAAAUCACUGCUAGAGAGUAUUGAAAUGGAUGCAGCACAGGGAACAGAAAUUCCAGAAUUAUCACACACGAGAUCUGGCUGCUUGCAGGUCAAGGUUUGAGUCGUGUCUCUGGGGGGAAAUAAUUCCUGGUUUCCUUCAGGAGGAUGUUCCAGGGCUCAAUCAGCCCUGUGAAAAACAUCUUCUUGUGGGAUUUGAUUCGCUGGUGACAGUGAGAGCCCUGGUGUGCAGCUCUGACAGCCCUGCUGUGACUCCUGAGUCCCCAAACGUGCCUGCUGGGAGGGUGACUUGUCAUGGCCUUCAGCUGGGAAG